AUGAAAUCAAAUGAAUCAAUAAAAGGUCAUUCAUUAACAUUAUCAGAAGAUGAUCCAGUUAUGAAAACCUAUAAUAUUUAUACUACAUCUUCUCUUAAUGAUUAUCUUUAUCUUUUUCAAUAUCCUAUACGACCUUCAAUACAACCUUAUACAGAAGAAUCAUUUAGCAAACCAUUAGAAUUACGAAUCAAACCUAAAUCAGGCCUUGUUGAAGUGGAUGUGCCAAUAUAUACACAACAAUAUUACAAUAAAGAACGCGGUAUUGAAUUUUCUAAAAACCUAGAAAAUGAUCCUACCAAAAACAAAUCUCCUAUACUUGAUUUUCAAACUCUUAAUUCAAAAAUAAGUCCUUGUCGCAAUUAUUACAUGGUUGGAAUUAUUCGUGGAGAUGAACUUCAUCUUUCACCAGUAAACUAUACUCUUCAGCUUAGACCAAGUUUUAAACACUUGAAUAGCCUUUCCGUUAAAGAAGUCCCUGUAACAGGUUCCCUGUCAAAUCUCAAAUCUACUAGAGCAGUACAAACUUCUGCAAAAUCCCCAGAGUAUUCACAAACACUAACACUUUCUACUACUCAUAUUCUUCGUUCUAUUGAGAGCGAGCCGUGGACAAAACUUACUUGGAUAGAUUCUUCGUCGACAAUGAGUAAAAAGAUAUUUGAGCAUCUUUAUUCUAAUGAUAUAAAUGUUUUUAUACAAAAAUACGACUCUAAAGAAAAUUAUCUUAAAAGUAUAUCAAUUGCAAAGUCAAAUCAUGUAGAAAAUGAUACUAAAAGGGAAUCUUAA